UUUCUCUAUCACUAAUCUUGUCCUCGCAAUACACUCGCUCUGUGAGAGCAAUUAGAUUCAGCACCGUUUUCAGUGCCUCUGCAAUGACUCAUUGAAACAUCUUCUGUGCUGAUAAAGCCGCAUCUCUAUUCUCCCCCCCCUGCCACACUCACACACACAUACACACACUUAAACACAUACACACACGCACAGGACGUAUAGUUGGGCUGCCUUCAGUACAUCGGGACUGCGCUUCUUACUUUGGAUUUGCAGAGCAGCCGGCUGGACGUGGACUUUACCGUGUUUUUCCUAUGUGGUGUGUAUUUCGCCUGAAGUCGGGACUUACAUAAAAGAGUGAGACGGUGGAGAUACAGGCUGAGGAUUUCCCAUCACACUGGAGCCCAGGUAACCAAAGACCAUCCUAGGUUCUUUCCUGUUCUGGACAAGGGAGUCAUACAGCAGCAGUCAGUCUCCAUGCAGGCUCUCAGGAUGGGGAGCUUUGAGAAAGCAGCUUUGUUUGGCUGGGGCUCCUUCUCUCAGCUUGCAGCCUGAGGAGAAGGAAGCAUCUCGGCGGAGGGGCAGGGGGUGCGCCAAGGAUCCGAGGUUGGACCAUAACCACGACCUGCCAGGCUCAGGCUCAGCACAGCAGGAGCAUGUCAGCGCCCAGAGGCCCUUCAUGGAUGUGUCGCUUCACAGCCAAGGCCAACCUUCUGCUGUGGAUAGGGCUGACGUCCAUCUGUAUAUCCACUGUUCAGGCCCAGCAGCACCCAGUGGUCACCACCAAUCAUGGAAAAUUGCGGGGAGUGAAGGUUACAUUACCCAAUGAAAUCCUGGGACCAGUGGAACAGUAUUUGGGGAUCCCGUAUGCAUUGGCACCAACAGGGGAGCGGAGGUUCCAGCCACCGGAGCCACCCAUGUCCUGGCCGGGCAUCAGGAAUGCUACUCAGUUUGCUCCGGUUUGUCCUCAGUUCUUAGAGGACCGCUUUUUACUCAAUGACAUGCUCCCUGUGUGGUUCACCGCCAACUUGGAUACACUGGUAACCUAUGUGCAGGAGCAGAGUGAGGACUGCCUUUACCUGAACAUCUACGUCCCCACAGAGGAUGAUAUCCACGAUGAGAACGGGUUAAAGCCGGUCAUGGUUUACAUCCACGGAGGCUCCUACAUGGAGGGAACCGGCAACAUGAUUGACGGCAGCAUCCUGGCCAGCUACGGAAACGUCAUUGUCAUCACAAUCAACUACCGGCUCGGAGUUCUGGGGUUUCUAAGCACAGGAGACCAGGCAGCCAAGGGCAACUACGGCCUGCUGGAUCAAAUUCAGGCUCUCAGGUGGAUCAAAGAAAACAUCCAGGCCUUCAAAGGAGAUCCAAAAAGAGUGACCAUUUUUGGCUCUGGUGCCGGAGCAUCGUGCGUCAGCCUGCUCACCCUCUCACAUUACUCAGAAGAUCUGUUCCAGAAAGCCAUCAUCCAGAGUGGCACAGCUUUGUCCAGCUGGGCGGUCAACUAUCAGCCUGCCAAGUACACACGAGCCCUGGCUGAGAAGGUGGGCUGCAACAUGUUGGACACCAUAGACCUGGUGGAGUGUCUGCAGAACAAGAACUACAAGGAGCUGAUUGAGCAGUACAUCACACCUGCAAAGUACCACAUCGCCUUUGGGCCUGUGAUCGAUGGAGAUGUGAUCCCGGAUGACCCGCAGAUCCUAAUGGAGCAAGGAGAGUUCCUCAACUACGACAUCAUGCUGGGGGUCAAUCAAGGGGAGGGAUUUAAGUUUGUAGAUGGCAUUGUGGACAGCGAGGAUGGGGUGUCUGCCAAUGAUUUUGACUUUGCUGUGUCAGACUUUGUGGACCAUCUCUAUGGCUACCCAGAGGGCAAGGACACUCUGCGCGAGACCAUCAAAUUCAUGUACACAGACUGGGCAGACAAGGAGAACCCAGAGACCCGGCGCAAGACCUUGGUGGCUCUGUUCACUGACCACCAGUGGGUAGCACCAGCAGUGGCCACAGCCGACCUCCACGCCCAGUAUGGCUCGCCCACCUACUUCUACGCUUUCUACCACCACUGUCAGAGCGACAUGAAGCCCAGCUGGGCCGACUCAGCCCAUGGUGAUGAAGUACCGUACGUGUUUGGAAUCCCUAUGAUUGGCCCCACAGAUCUCUUCAACUGCAACUUCUCCAAGAAUGACGUGAUGCUGAGCGCUGUUGUCAUGACCUACUGGACUAACUUUGCUAAAACAGGGGAUCCAAACCAGCCAGUCCCACAGGAUACAAAGUUCAUCCACACAAAGCCCAACCGGUUUGAGGAGGUAGCCUGGACCAAGUACAACCCCAAAGACCAGCUCUACCUCCACAUUGGCCUCAAACCUCGAGUCCGAGACCACUACCGAGCUACCAAGGUCGCAUUCUGGUUAGAACUAGUGCCGCACCUCCACAACAUAAAUGAAUUUUUUCAGUAUGUAUCCACUACUACCAAGAUACCCCCACAGGACACCACCCCCUAUCCUUACACCAAACGGUUCCCUGGCAAAAACAACUGGCCGUCCACCACCCGCCACCCUGGGGUCCCACCUGCCAACACUAAACAAACCACCGACCAGCGCAAAAGUGGCGAUCUGACGGAUGAGUCGACCGUGGUGAUCGAAACCAAGAGGGACUACUCCACCGAGCUCAGUGUCACCAUCGCAGUCGGAGCCUCCCUGCUCUUUCUGAAUAUCCUCGCCUUUGCUGCGCUCUACUACAAGAAAGACAAACGACGGCACGAGUCCAACCGGCGCGUUCCCACCCCGCAGCGGAACUCAGCUCCCACCAACACGCCAUCCACCGCCAACGACGUGGCCCACCUGCAAAGCGAGGAGCUGAUGUCACUGCAGAUGAAGCAGCAGCAGCUGGAGCACGAGCACCACCACGAGUGCGAGUCGCUGCAGGCCCACGACACGCUGCGCCUCACCUGCCCACCUGACUACACCCUCACCCUGCGCCGGUCGCCUGACGAUAUACCCCUGAUGACACCCAGCACCAUCACCAUGAUCCCCAACUCGCUGGCUGGCAUGCAGCCUCUGCACAACUUCAAUACUUUCGGUGGCAGCCAGAACAGUACCAACUUACCCCAUGGUCACUCCACCACACGGGUAUAGCUCUGCUGGGACAAGAAGGUGCCGGAUUCCCUCUGGACCAGCCACUAACCACACAAGGCAAACAUGAGUGACUGACUGUGGGAAGCACAGAGUCCAAAGUCUCAGCAAAUGUUAUUUUGCUACCAUGCCUUCUCGAAAAGUAUUAACAUUAUAGAUUGAUCAUGAACUGGUGAAAAUAUUCAAAGUGAAUGUUACUAUAGUAAUAACUCUAUUUGGAGCUAAGCUUCACAGAACGUUUUUGAGGAGUUUUACCAAAAGAAAAGGCAACCAGGGGAUGACUGUUAAUAUUCUUACAACAUAAAAUGAAGAGUUUGAGCGACAAAGAAACCUUUGCAGAGGCUUUUGUGCCAUAAAUACACAAUAGGAAGACAGUGGCAACAGUUGUUGAAAAGCAACAAUUGAACAUCUGGGAUAUCAUCUUUUCAUGAUCCUUCAUGAAGAAGACACCUGACUUGGGCACACAAUUCUACCCCCCAGCCUGAAAUGUAUUUAUGAAAACUUUGUUAAAAAAUUUUAAAACAACAAACAAAAAAGGUAUAUAGUUGUGCGUGGAAAUUUAAAAAUUUUAAAAAGAAAAAAGGAUAUUAAAAGAGCUCCUUCUGUUUUUAUUUUGGCUGAGAUUUAUUUUCUUGUUGUUGUUGUUUUGUUUUAUUUGUUUUAUUUUUUUAUUUCUUUUUAUUUUAUUUUUAUCCAGCUUGUGUGUUCUGUUAAGGUGCGUGUAAAUAUAAUCAAACAUCCUUCAUUCCUUUUCCAAUUACUACCUGUGUUUCAUUAUUUUUCACAGAACGACCAAAAUGCGAACACAAUCCCAUCCUUGAAGAGUUGCACAUUGUGCAUCUGCAGGUCAUCACAUACAGUACUGUCUUGUGCGUUGCUUUGUGUCCACUCUCUAGACAUUGCAUGUCCAGGAAGAGCUUUACUCUAUAUUUUCAGACACAUCUCCUGUCUGAGAAUGAGGACUGACUGGAUCUCAUAACCUGCUCUCAUCCUGUUACACUUCCAGUAGUUUUCUUUGUGGGCUUUUUCUGUCUUGCAAUCUCAGCACUGCCUGAGCUUACAGUGUGACCAGCAAUGUAUUACUUAGAAAUAAAAAAAAGGCAGUGAUUUUUUUUUCUUUUCUUUUUUUGUAUCAAUAUUAGUUGGAUAUGUUUGUAAAGAAAAUAUAUGUUAGAUAUUUCAAAUUGUCAUAUGCUAGCAAUAUGUAAAGUAUUGUGCCAGGCUUGUGAUAUUUUGGGUUACAAAAGCAAGUGAAUGUGUAAAUAUUAAUGAUAUUAAUUAUGAUAAAAUUAUAACAAAGUAACCAUUAACUCUCUUUCCGUUUUGCAUCCUAUUACAAAAAAAAAGAAAGAAAAAAAAUAAUGGAAAUACAUCCAGAGGAUUUUAAGCUACAUUUGUAAAUUCUAUAAAAAGAUAUAUUCUUGCCAUUUGGCCCCUAAACCAGUCAAGAUAACAAGGGUUUUAAUGUAGAGUUUUAAAAUCCUUAGUUUGUCUUAUAUUUGUUUGCAGUUUUGCCUUAAGUGAUAAUAGAGAUAUUUCUGGCUGGACACCUGUAUAAACUUUUUCUGCAACAUUUUUAAUAAAAUAUCACAGUAUUUUCUAAAAAAAAAAAAAAAAGAAAGAAAGAAAGAAAAAAAAGAAAAAAGACAAAGAAUGUUUAAUUGGAUCUGAUUGGAUGGCUGUUUGUGUUGUGUGUGCAAACAAACAUGAUUGGAUGUCUAC